GCCUCUCGUCUCCACGCCCGUAACGGGUCAUCAUCAAACAGUCAUCACACAUAACUCAGGCACUCAUCUGCCAUCUCGUAGACUCGAGUCCUUCAGGGCAUCACGCUGCCAUUACCGAAUUGACAGGGACAAAUUUGCCCCGCCACCGCAAUCAUGUCGUGGCCAGGCGCAGACGACUCGCCGGGCGACUACGGCGCGGACCAGCACCAGCCCGAUCGCCCAACCGACAUCGCCUCCCUCGGCGUCUUCCGGAACAACCGGCUGGUCGAGCUUACACCUUCGCAGGUCGAGCGGGCUCUGAAGCUGAUGAGCCGGCCCUUCGAGGAUCUUCCACAGCUGCCCUUCUUCGCGCCCUUGUUCUCAUACACGACCGACUGGCAGAAGAUGGAGAUUGCCUACCCGCUCGUCGACGCUUCCUUCCACGUCGGCCGGUUGCUGACACCGCCCGAGGCCGACGCGCUUGCCUACUAUCGCGCUAAGUUCUGCUCGAGGGCGGCCUGGGCGCCCCCCGCCGUCCUCCUCACCGCCGCCUACCUCACCCACCGCGGCCGCUCGACCUUCCGCUUCCCCUUCUACACCCCAAAACCGGCCUCGUUCAACCCCAUGUCCUUCCCGAGCGCCUCGAUGCCCUUCAUCUCGGGCCCGGCGGCCGUGCGACUGUGGCACCUUCUCCGUUUCGCCGCCUACGGUCUCAUGUCCCAACUCGUCGUCAAAAACAUCAUCUACUCGUACGCCCAGACGAGCACCCUCGUGGGCGCCCUGCGAGACGACCGGCUCAAGGUACUGCGCGAGACCAUGCCGCAACGCCGCCAAGGGACGGUGCGCCCGCAUUCUCCGGCAACAGCCAACCCAGCGGAGCCGGAGCGGACGACAGCAUCUUCGACGCCUGCGCCACCUACGGAUUUCUCAGGAGCACCACAACAAGCGAGGCAACAGCCAAGGUGGGCACAGCAGGCGCCGGAGUCGCAAAGCGCGCCGCAGGAUGACGACUCAUACCUCUUUGAUGACGCUUCACCCGUGGCACCCUCACAGAGGCAGACCCCUCCCUCCGGAUCCCGUCCGUCAUCCGGAGGUGGCUCCGCUUGGGACAGAAUUAGAGAGCGGGCAAGGUCAGAGGAAGGCGCAGCGUGGAACCCGGGCCAGCAACAGGACCGCACGCCGGCCGGCCGGCAACGUGGUGAACAGUACACUUACACGCAUGCCGACCAGGAAAAGGCACACUUAAGCGGUCGCGAGACGGCCAUGAAUGAUCCUUGGGCACUCCCGCGUCAGAAGUCUGAGCCAGAGGGGGCCUCGAGCGACGCGAACGCGAACGCGAACGGACAAAGCCUCCAACUCGCCAUGGCUUCUGAGACGAGCUCCCUUCCAAGCACGGCGACUCCCCCGCCAGUAGCCGUACGCGAGGCGACCGAGGGGCGAAUCCCGCUCACCACGACCUUCACCCCUUCGGCGACCGACUGCGGCGGCAUCUACCUGCCGAGCUCCCUGAUGGUCUACGUGAUCGACAAUGAGCCGUCGUGCCUGCCGACCGGCUUCUCCACCUCGGACUCGUCCUUCUUCUAUUCCCCCGGCAUCGCCUGCCCGUCGGGCUACUGGACCGCCUGCCACGACACGACGGGCGCGUCGUCCAUCACGACUGUCACCUGCUGCCCCACCUACGGCGACAUCUCGCUCUCGUGCGUGCCCAACCCGGAGGACCUCCGGCACGUCUGGGAGACCCUCUUCUGCACCUGGAUCGCCCCGGCCUCCCCCGGCACCGUCAUCACCGUGACCGAGUCGUUCAACGGCGGUCGCACCUCCACCGUCACCGAGUCCGUCACCUCUCCCGGUGGCGUCAACGCCUAUGGCGUCCGCAUGCUCUACCAGGCCAGCGACCUGCAGACCUCCACCUCCACCACCUCCACCACCAGCACCGCGACCACCAGCACCGCCAGCACCAGCACCGCCACCGCCAGCACCGACGGCGCCAGCACCGCCAGCAGCCCCAUCGUCUCUGGUAACCCUUCCCAAACAACGACCCCGGACGCCGGCUCCACGGGGGGGCUCUCAGAGGGCGCCAAGGCAGCAAUAGGCGUGGUGGUGCCCGUGGUGGUGCUCGGCGCGGUGCUGCUGGGCCUGGCGCUGUGGUGGCGCCGGCGGAAGCGCGCACAGCAACAGCAGCGGGAGCAGUAUCCGUCACAGUACCCGCCGCCGAACGCCCUGGUCGAGAUGCCGGGGUACAAACAACAACAAGAACUACAACAACAACAACACGGGGCGCCGCCGCCCGGGAGUGGUGGCGGCUGGAACAAGCCGGCGGAGUAUUAUUACUAUUACGGCGGCGGCGCCCCGCCUCAGGGGCCGCACGAGCUUCCGGGGUCUCGGGACCAGCCGUCCGAGAUGCCGAGCACGAUGCAGGCGGUGGAGCUGCCGUCGUCGCAGACGUAUCCGAAGUGA